AUGGAACACACGCUGCUCUGUAAUCUCGCCGUCCCACGCAAAUCUGGUGUGGCACUUCGCCUGCGCCUGCUCCAUAUGUGGCCUGCAAAGUCUCCCAGUGAUGUUAGGGUUUUCAACUACUGCACACUCUGGGUGGACGAAACGGGAACAUUGAUUCAAGGCCUCUCACCUCCUUCCAUGGCUGCUGCCAUUCCCCAUUCCUUACAUGCUAGGAAGAUAUAUGUCGUCAAGUCUUUUGGUCUUGGCAACCCGCCAAAUUUAUAUCGGGCAUGUUCUUUUGACUUAUCUCUGGGUGUCACACCGGCGACUUCGUUUCAGGAGUGUGCUCUUCCUUCCCAGAGUUUUCCGGUCGAUUCUUUUGAGUUUCUGCCGUUCGAGUCCCUGUCUACACGUGCUGGCGAUCAUCGUUUCUUGACAGACAUUGUUGGCCGUUUGCACUCAAUCAGUGGCGUUUCUCACAAGAUCACAAAUAAUGGGCCAACAGUUAAGCAGACGGUUGUCGUGGAGGAUGAAAGUGGGGAGAAGGCGACGGUGACUCUGUGGGAUGAAUUCUCACAAAUCCUGGAUCAUGUGGCCUUGACUCAGGCAGAUGCGAUUGAGACGGUGAUUCUUGCGUUUGGCGGCCUUUUGGUCAACAAGUUAGGGAAUGCUUAUGUCCUAUCCAGUUCAGCUGCCACAAGAAUUGCUGUCAAUCCUUCAGUACCGAAAGCAUAUCAUCUGGUCGCCAGGUUUGCGGAGAGGCGUGAGGGUGUUUGUUCCUUGCCUGUUGAGUUUGCAACUGCUGUUGCAGCUGCAGAGGAUGCAACUCGACAAACAAAGACCCUAGCACAACUCAGAGCCCUUUCUCAGACAAAUGCUUCGCUGGAAGAAAGACAUCGUUGCAGUGGUGUGAUAGUGGAUGUUGAGGAGAACAUCCCUUGGUAUUACAACUCUUGCCGCAUCUGUAAUCAUGUUGCUUCGCGCCGCCGUGACAACACUUUUUGGUGCCCAACAGACUGGCAGUUAAGUGAGGAUCAAACUCGAAUUUGUUACAAGAUCCAGCUGACUCUUAGGGACAAUACUUCUGAUGCUCGAUUCAUUGCAAUGGGUGGUUGCGGGCAUGCUUUGGCGAAUAUUUCAGCCGCGUACCUUGCUCAGCGGUUUCCAUAUCGCCCAGGACAACUUCCACCUCAACUUCAGCAACUGCGAGGCCAGUAUGUCCAGUUUGACUGCAGACUGCCGCUUCCAGGGCCGGCUGGCCUUUCAUCCGGAGAAUUUCGCGUUUCUCAAGUGGUUCCGAUUAACGAUCCUAUUGUGGUUGCUGGAUUGAUUGAGCACCCUCCUCAGUUGGCUCUGCCAGCUCCUAUACAGAUUGUGCCGCAGGCUACGCCUUCUGUGUCGUUGGGAGUUCAAUCCUCAGAGCCAUAUGAUAUUGGAGCGAGUUCCUCAAGGCUUUCACGUGAGGAAAAGGGUAAAGGCAAAUGUGUGGACUCACCAUUAAUUGAAGCUUCAACACCUGCUUUCUGUAUUGGCUCCCAGCCAAUUCCUGCGUCUAGUGUUUUUGACAGUGCUCUUGCCGAUGCAACUGGUCAUCUCCAAGUUCAGUUGCCACAGAAUUUACAGCCUGCUCCACCUCCUGUCGCGCCAGCUGAUGAGGCAGUGCUUGCAGUUGCCUUGCCUGCUACAUCUGCUCUGCCUCAGCAAGGAAGUGUUGCAGUUGGUGCGAUAGACUCGCCAAAUUCAGGACAGCUUCUUGCGCCUGGGAAUUCUGCAGAAACAAGGGAUGUCAACCCUCCUUUGGGUGGUGUGUCUGUGAAGGUUCUUAAGACUGAUUCUGCCUCUUCCCCUGGGAAGGUUCCUGCAUCUGUGCCAACCUCACCUUCAGCUUCCCUGUUUCUCUCUCCACCGGCAAAGAUCAAGGUUGAAAAGCUAGAUGACAAUGAGAGGUCUACUCCAGAAAGUUGUGGUUCACAGAAACCAUUUAACAUUGGGAUCGGCGGGGACUCCUUAGAGGUCUCCAAGAAAACAUCUUCUAAACGUAGUCUGUUCAAGGGAUGA